UUGGGGUCUGGCAUUUAAGGCUUCUUUCAGUUUAUGUACGAAUGAAAGAGAAUUCAAUUUAACUUGUUCAGGGGGAAGUGUAUCCAUUUCCUCUUCUAAAACCGGCCAUCAAAACUUCAUUUAUUUAGAAUCUUUCUGUGAGUUUUUCAAAAUCUGUUUAAUCCCAUUUUGCUUCGACAUCAGUUUUCCGGAGGGUCGAACUCAGUUUUUGUAUUUCUGUUCAGUUCAAUCUCCUCUUCUUCUCUGUUUCUGAACAUUGAUUGAUUCGACCAAGUAUUGCUUUUGAAGGAGUAAACAAUUGCUUAAAAGAGCUCCGUGCUUCUCAAUACAACUGAUGUCUUUUGUUCAGUGUACCUGUCUUUUACAAGGCUUGAUCUAUUUUUCCAGACCACGAGUCUUUCUCUACUAGCGUUGAUGAUUUGAAACAGAAGCUGCUAUGCACCGCUCUUGAACUUGAACAACUGAAGGUGGAAGCAAAUGAGGAAAUGAGAAAAAACAAGGAAUAUGUGAAGCAACUUAUCCAACUCUUGAAGAUGGCUUGCCAAGAAAGAGAUGAAGCAAGAGAUCAACUUCAAAAGAUGCUGAACAAAGUCAUCCCUUCAACGAAUUCAACUGAGCUCCUCUCAGGCUUGCCUCAAUUUCAACCAGAUAGUCCUCUUGUAAAGCCUGCAAAAGCAAAUUCAAGCAUAACUGAGUCAAACAGUUUCUCUGAAACACAUAACUAUCCUUCACACGGUUCAUCCCCAGGUGAAUCCUUUCUCGAUGCUGUCUCAUCCCCGGAACUCUCGAACAUCAACAUGGGUGAUUCGGGCAGCAUUGCAUUUGUGAACCCACCCUUGAUUCAAGACUGUAAGGGGAUCAUUUCCAACAACAUGCUCCCUUCAGGAAUUCCAAAAGUUGACCAUGCCUCUUUGGUGAUUGACAAUCUUGCCCAAGGGAAAAAUUUGCCCCAGAAAGGGAAGUUCCUUAAGGCUGUCCUUGAUGCAGGGCCACUUCUGCAGAAUCUUCUUGUUGCCGGGCCACUUCCUAGGUGGCGUAAUCCUCCUCAGCUCCAGACAUUUCACAUUCCCCCGGUUUCAAUCAGAGGUUGUGAUGCUGAUAUGCUCAAUAUGAAAAGUGCUACAAAUAUGAGCCUUCUUGCUUCAAGAUCACUUACUUCACGACCUUAUGCUGAAAUGUCGUGUGCCUCUUCCCAAAUUUUGUCAUCGUCCAUGUUGAAUUUUACCAACGGACCUGUUGGAUCCUGUCUGGGAAGUGAUAGGUUGAUAUCAGCUGGAGCAAAUGCAAACACUUAUGUUUCACUGGGUAAGAGGCAGAGGCUCUAUUGAGGAUUUGGAGGAUGCUAUCAUUCCAAUUUUGUAUAAAUGAGAUUGCUGGUGGUGUAAAUGCGAUACAAUUGAUUAGUUCGAAUGACAUAGCUUUUUAGCUUUUGAUUGAUAUUCCUCUUCCUUUUUUGUGUUUGUCUCAAACUCAUUUGAUCCAAUUUGAUUGGGCAAUUGGAAAUUUGGUUGUCAUAAUCCAAUUACUGGUAUAUACUUUAUAUCCA